AUGUAUGAUUUUGUAUUGGCGAUGCCCGAAGGAGUUUCCCUAAAGGGGGGGGGAAGCAUUAAUGGUGAAGCGGGAGGUGGAGAGUAUGGAGAUGGAGGAUGUGGAAAGUAUGGAGAUGGAGGAUGUGGAAAGUAUGGAGAUGGAGGAUGUGGAAAGUAUGGAGAUGGAGGAUGUGGAAAGUAUGGAGAUGGAGGAUGUGGAAAGUAUGGAGAUGGAGGAUGUGGAAAGUAUGGAGAUGGAGGAUGUGGAGAGUAUGGACCUUGGAGAGUGGGACAUGAUAGUGAUGAAGAGGAUGAUGAAGAGGGAGAGGACAGAGAAGAAGGUUUUGGGGGGUGUUGCGACGGUAUAAGCAUAUUACUGAGAAAAGAGGUUAUCUCUUGA